AUGAAACACAACGUUCAUCCGUACGAACCGAAGCCGAAGCGGUUUAUUCCCGCUCGGUUACACAGUCUGGAUCCGUUACCGGUGCUAUCGACGGUGGGUGAUGUGAAAUUUGACGGAACGUUCACCGGUCUCUCGGUAGAAGUGAUCAACCCGGAAGCAAUCCGACAUCUUUCGCUUGCCGGCGGUUUCGGCCAGGGCACUCGAUCCCGUUCGAUUCCGGUGUCUGUGCACAGUCGAGCCGUGGAAACGGUACGAGAACGGCAACUUGAAAGACGUCGCGAAUGGCAAAAGAAAUAUGGGCUGGACAGUUCCUUAGAAAGUGCAAAGGUGCGUGUAAUCGGGGAGGACAUCGAGGAAAAGUUGAACAAUGGCAGUAUUUUUCUCAGAGACUUGGAAGAAAGUCCAGCAAAAUACGAAAGUGAUCCAUUUCCUGUACACGAGAAUCUCAGUUUGAUGUUUGAAGAAGCAAUGUUCCUUGUUGACAAGUUGAACUGUCUGAAUGUUAAAACUUUGGACGGACAACCUAUGAGUGCUGAACAGCUGCUGGAUAAAUUCUCCGCCCUUAAACCAAAUUUUUUAUCAAGCUACGCUGCAUACAUUUUCUUUAAAUCAAAGAACUGGGUAAUCAAAAGCGGACUUAAAUUCGGAGGGGACUACAUAUUGUACCAAAAAGGACCUCAAUAUUUCCAUGCAUCAUUCAUCGCUUUAAUACAACCGUAUCAAGAUGGCCAGCAGUUCGCAAACAAUGGACAUUAUUUGGACAAUUACGAUUUUCAAUGCUUCAAUAGGAUAGCCGAAACUACCGCUAAAAAUUUACUAGUCCUAGAGGUACACUACCCUACCGGUGUUGAUCCUACGAACUACAGAGAGUGCAUGAGUCGCCUUCCAGAGUUCAAGGUUAGUGAAAUAUUCCCGCGGCACUAUAACUGUGCUAAUCUUCGCAGCAAUCAGUAGAGAAUUGUGAGUAAAUUAGAAACUAUAUUCUAUUCAACUGUACCAAAUAUAUUAUUUUAUAAUCUUUUG